AUGCCGACACUGGCUGGCCACGCCACCGACCUGUUCACCGUGGAGGCCCCCGAUCUGUUGUUCUCCGCUGUAUCUCGCAGUGGCCGACAUCACUGCACCCGUGGGGCGUCCUGGAGGGGUCGCACCAGGGGCAGACAGGAGGCAGCGUCGGUGAUGUCAGCCAAAGCAAAGGUGCUGCUGUUGGUGGUCCUCUCUUUGUUACCGGCGGUGGGCGGAGCCAGCGUCAUAGGCAGCAGCGGGGGGGCAGGAGCAGAGUCUGGCCCCGCGGUGGGACUGUACCAAGGCCCAGAGGAGAGACAGCCCCCCCUGCCCCUGCCCCGAGCACCAGACGAGGAGCAAGAAGACGACAGUGACCCGGACCCGACCUGGUACAACCUCUACGACCCCUACGUGGUGGAUGAGAUGGACGACCAUCCCAGUCUGCGGUGGACCGGCCGAUCUCCUCGCUCCUCGGACCCCUCGGACCCUCAGGCCAAAGGCUCGGCCAAGAGGAAGAGGAGGAAGAAAGAGGAGGAUGCAGAGGAGGAGACUGCAGAAGGGAGGAGGAGGGGGAGGGGCAGUAAAGCUCCCAAACACAGCAGCAAAGAGUGUCGCAUGGAGCGGCGUCAGAUGAAGGUGAGGGACUUAGGCCUGGGCUACGACUCGGACGAGAUCAUCCUGUUUAAAUACUGCGUGGGCUCGUGCCAGUCGUCCAGGACCAACUAUGACUUCGCCCUGAAGGCUCUGCUCCAUAACGGCUCUUUACCUCGCCGCUCAGCGCGCAGGGUGAGCAGCCACCCCUGCUGCCGCCCCGACCGCUACGAGUCCGUCUCCUUCAUGGACGCCCACACCACCUGGCAGACCAUCGACUCUCUGUCUGCUGCCAGCUGCAUGUGCAUGGGCUGA